AGCAUAAUAAAGGAGGAAAAAGGGUAGAAGCAGAAAGGAAAAAGGGGUCGUGAUGUGGGUUAACAUAUAUGGAAAUGGCACAGACUGGUUGGACUUGGAGACUGAACAGACAGGAAGUGAAGUAGACACAACACGAGAGUUGUAAGGAAAUGAUAUAUAUUGCACCAGAUCCAACAAAACAACCAAACUCAAAACAAUUACUCCAUAUUUAUUUCAUUUCCUCACACACACAGCUUCUUAACCCUAGAACUAUUAAUUUAACAGAAAAUCAAUUUUCUAGAUCUAUCUAUACAAAAUUUGAUUAUGAAUUUCUUUGGUAGUAGUACUAAACAGGAAGAAACAUCCUCUUCUUAUCACAACCAACAACAAAAACGGCCCAGCAAUACGGAGCUUAAGUUGAUGGAUUCUUCGCCUGCAGAAGAACAUCAUACCAUGAUUGAGAGGGAACAUAUGUUCGAUAAGGUAGUUACUCCUAGUGACGUAGGUAAGCUCAAUCGUUUAGUCAUCCCCAAACAGCACGCGGAGAAGUAUUUCCCUCUUGAUUCCUCCAGUAACGAAAAGGGGGGACUCCUAUUGAAUUUCGAAGACAGUAAUGGGAAGCCGUGGAGGUUUAGGUAUUCGUAUUGGAAUAGCAGCCAGAGUUAUGUAAUGACUAAAGGAUGGAGCCGUUUCGUGAAGGAGAAGAAGCUUGAUGCUGGAGAUAUUGUCUCCUUCCAACGUGGAGCUAGUGAAUUAGCUAAGCAUCGUCUCUUCAUCGACUGGCGCAGACGUCCUCAUGACAUCAUCAAUAAUCACUUUAUGGUGCCGCAUCAUUUUUCUGAUGGGAGGCUCUUCCCAGCUUUACAGUCUUACCCAACUACAUUUUUGCAUAAUAAUUUGUUGCUGGAAGGAGGCAGCCAAGCUCCUAAUUAUUAUAAUCCACAUAGCUACAUGUAUGGAAUUGGUAACUCCAGUAAUAGUCCUAAUUACUACACGACGAGCACAAGUUUGAACAACAAUAACAGUAGUGUGGCGGUAAAUGCAAGCCCUUUCAAUAAUGUGAUGAGAUCUGCUGCUCCCCAAGGUGUACUUGUGGAGCCAAGGGUGUUCAAUUCGGUACAAGUGGUUCAAGGUAAAGUGGCAGCAAAACGACUGAGGCUGUUUGGAGUGACUAUGGACUAUCCAAUGCCCUCAGAAGAAUCAUCUGAAAAAGGCAAGUCCUUCGAUUUGGAUAUUUGAUCUAGCGGAAUCAAUAUUAUGCAUAUACAAAAUGUUUCUCCCCACAGAAGGGACCAAACUAUUAUUAAGGAAGAAGAAACAUUAUUGAAUUAAGUCAAAUUUGGGAAGGAGAGCACAUUGAGUCCAAUUCAGUGUUCAUUUGAGAUAGAAAGAUUAAUAAUUUCAGGUUCAAUUUGUGUAUAUUUAAUACUACUCUAGUCAAUUGAGGUCGAUGAUUAAAUACUAUUGCUAGAUCCUCUGAAUGCUAGUUAUUUU